AUGGGAUCACUUCAGUUCCUACAAAUUUACUUUCUUGCUGACUACAACGAGCAGGUUGAGGCGCGUCUCGGCAUUCUGCCUAGCGAUAUUUCCGUCGGUCCCCGUAGAGACAUCCUGUUCCGUCUACAAGACAUGCUUUACGAAACUAACAGUUACAUCCGAAGCUUAAAGUUUGCGUUGCAAAACAACCCUUCGCCCUCUUUCAGCGUUGUCAUCGAUGCAGACAGACGGCCGCACGGUGAGCAUGAGCGUCGCUUCAAUGCUCCUGCAUGUAAUGAAGUCGCCGCAGUCAUCCACGGUGUGGAGCAUAACAGCCGUGACAUUGCAAACAGCGGUUCCAUGUCGACCUCAAAGACGGUCUCCUGUAGGGCUUACUACGCCAACAUGUUUAUGGUUAGAGAGGGUGAAUUUAACCACGUGCACAGGUGCCGUCAACUGUUUCUUCAAUUCGCUGUUGACAUGGCUGCAAAAAUGGAGUCGGAGAGGUUAGGAUCCAUCAAGUUAAACCAAUCCAAACUUAGAACUGACUCCUACAUUCACCUUCGUGAUGGUCUGCGUUCUGAUGGUGACCCACGCAAUCUCGGCAAAUCGUGCAUUUUGCCUUCCUCUUACACUGGUGACCCUCGAUACAUGCAUGAAAGGACACAAGACGCAAUGACCUAUGUCCGUCAUUACGGGAGGCCUGAUUUGUUCGUCACGUUCACGUGCAAUCCGAAAUGGGUUGAAAUCACACGCGAACUUUUUCCAGGUCAGCAGUACUCACACCGCCCUGACCUAAUUGCCCGCGUUUUCCGGUUACAGCUGUGUAAGCUUAUGGAUUUAAUCAUUAAAGGGCAAGUCUUCGGACGCGUUAAGUGUCAUAUGUAUACAGUGGGAUGGCAGAAACAAGGUUUGCCUCAUGCCCACAUUCUGCUGUGGCUCAACGAUAAGGUUGACGCAAACAAAAUAAACGAUUAUAUUCCUGCUGAAAUUCCGGAACCUGCGCUGCAUCCUUUACUUCACGAAAUCAUUAAAAACAAUAUGAUACACGGCCCCUGUGGCGCCAAUUACGAAAAAAGGUCAUGUUGGUCAAGCGGCCCCACUUGUGCAAAGGGUUAUCCCCGUAAGUUUAUCUCAGAAACGCAGACUGCGACGAAUGGUUACCCACUGUACAGAUAUACAAGCCCCGCGGAGGGCGGCAGAACUGUGACAGUUAAGGGGCACAUUCUGGACAAUCGUUGGGUGGUGCCUUAUUGCUCGCUGCUGUCCAAGACUUUUGGAGCCCACAUAAACGUUGAAUACUGCCACUCGGUUAAGUCAAUAAAGUACAUCUGCAAGUACAUUAAUAAAGGCAGCGAUGCUGCCGUUUUCGGUAUCCGGCGCGACAAUUGCGUUGACGAGGUGGCCGAGUACGUGGCUGGACGCUACCUCAGCAUAUUCUUUCUUUUCUUCUUUCUUUCUUUCUUUCUUUCUUUCUUUCUUUCUUUCUUUCUUUCUUUUUUGCUAGCCAGAUCCACGUCUUACGAUCAUUUCUCUUAG